AGAGGGACAGCCUCGAGCUCGCGCGGCUCCAGUCAGAAUUCCAGGGCCGCGGUAGGGACGCCUGCCACCCCGAAAAACAAACAUGGCUGAAGAAUCGGCGAUGUCGACGGCGGAGAGCGGCAUCGAACCGCCACCAGGAGCGGCAGCCGGGGCACCAGCGGAAAUGAUCACAAAAAAACUGGCCAAUUAUUGGUGUCUAAUUGGAUCGAUUCCGCUGAUCCUGUUCCUGCUGGUCGCCAUCCCGACCAUCUUUUACGUCAAAAAGUUUUCAGAAUAUGUGAACGCCGAGUACUGCGACACCAAGUCCUGCAAGGACCUGGCCGACAUCAUCGGAAAGAUGGGCGACCAGAAGGACGCGUGCAAGAGUUUCAGCGCUCACGUGUGCAAGCCCAAGCUGGACUACUCCUUUGAUGCGCUCAGCAAGAUGGCCAAGGAGGUUGAAGUGCUUGAGAGCAAAGGAGACAACCCGGGCUUGGCAACAUCCACGUUUGCGAAGCAGUUCGUCACUGCUUGCCAAGGCGAGUAUGCGCUUCGGAACCAAGAUGUGCAGUAG